AUGGCAGUGGGAGAGGACGAGGUCAACCUGUGGUCGCCCUUUACAAGCGAUACCAUCCUCGAGGUGCGCUCUGGGAAGCUCAAGAAAUUUAAGGGCCUCAAUAUCGAAUCUGGAAUCGACAAGUCACUCCUGAGCGGGCGAGUCUACAUCGGCAAGCUGGGCAUAGACGGCGAUGAGCACGACCUGACGUUUCAUGGAGGGCCUGACAAAGCCGUCCAUGGAUACUGCUGCACACACUACCCAUCCUGGGCCUCCGAGUUCCCCACCGCCUCCUCCCGCUUUGUCCCAGGCGGCUUCGGCGAGAACUUGGUAACAGCCCACAUGAACGAGCGCAACGUCUGCAUAGGCGACAUCGUCGCCAUAGGGCCUGACCCCUCUACAGGACCCCUCUUACAGGUCUCUCUCCCCCGCCAGCCCUGCUUCAAGCUCAACCACCGCUUCGAGCUCAAGAACUUCGCCCCCAACACGUGGCGGCUGAGCAGGACGGGGUGGUACUACCGCGUGCUGCGCGAGGGGUGGGUGAGCGCAGGGGACGAGAUCAGGCUGGUCGAGCGGCGCCACCCCCGCUGGACCAUCGAGCGGGUGCAGGAGUAUCUGCACCGGAACACCGGGGUGCUGGCAGUGAACGAGGAGCUGGCGGGGAUCGAGGAGUUUGGGAAGGAGAGCCACGACGCGUUUGCGGGACGAGUGGCCAGACAAAAGGCCAAGGAGAGAAGGGAGCGGGAGGGGAAAGAUGGGGACGAGGAGAGGCAGUGGCGGGACUUUAGAAUCGUGGAGAAGACGAGGCAGACGGGACGGAUCACCUCGUUCGUGCUCGAGGCGGUGGACAAGGUGGCCGAGGCAGAGCUGGACGAGGGCGCGCACGCAAAGAUCAGAUUACCUGCGCCCAGCGGCGGCGGAGGCGGGCAGCCGCUGGUGCGCGCCUACUCUGUGGUCUCGGGCGACAAGAACAGGCUCGAGCUCGGCAUCGCGCUGGACGAGCACAGCCGCGGCGGGUCGAGGUACCUCCACGAGACGGCGGCCGUGGGCGACGUGCUGCAGGUCGGCCGGCUGACGUCCAUGGCCCUCCUCACCUCGGCGAGCUGUCACGUCUUCGUGGCGGGCGGGAUCGGCAUCACGGCGUUUCUCAACCUCCUCGCCGAGCUGCGGCGCUUCAACUUCGCCGCCAAGCUGCACUACGCCGUGCGCUCCCAGGACGACAUCCCGUUCCGGGAUCGGAUCGAGGCGCUGGGGCCGGACGUGGUCACCAUCUACGACAGGCAAGCGGGCCAGCGGCUGUGCAUCCGCCAGGUCAUCAGGGACAUGCCCUGGAACUCGCGGCUCUACUUCUGCGGGUCGACGCGCCUGAUGGACGAGGCGCUGCGGGAGACACAGGCCGCGGGGAUCGGGCCCGAGGAGGUCCACUUUGAGGCCUUUGCGGCGGAGACCAGCGGAGAUCCCUUCGAGGCCGUGGUGGCCAACCGAGACGAGGAGGUCGUCAAGGUCGACGGGGAGGAGACGCUGCUCGAGGUGCUGCAGAGGAGGUUUGGGGUGGACCAGAUCCCUUCCUCGUGCGAGGUGGGCAACUGUGGGACGUGCAAGAUCAGGCUCAAGGCGGGGAGGGUGGAUCAUCGGGGCACGGCGCUGACCGAGGAGGAGAAGGCGGAUUCCAUCUUGAGCUGUGUGUCUCGGGGGGUUGGCCGGAUUACUGUUGAGUUAUGA